AUGUGGAUUGGCCAUAUGCCUUGCGCAACGCCGCUGCGGGCUGCCUUGAGCUGGAGGCUCCAAGGGCGUGUUUAUACAAACUUAACUUCACAGUCGGUACGGCGCAUGGCGACUCGAUCACCACCCCCUCACUCGACGCCUGAUGGUGCUCAGAACAUGUCGAAAGAACAGGCGGAACUGUUACGCUUGCUCAGAGAAAGUGAGGCCAUGGCAAAUAAACGAGCUGAUGCGCGUACACAGGAACAGUCGCUUGGACUUGCCGGUGUAGCUCUGUCGCAAGGAGGUACAGCAGUUGGUUCAAGUCGGGUAGACAAAUGGACAGGUCUAGGCAAAAAAUGGGGUGACUUGAGCGGGGGUCAAAAGGCAGCACGCGUUACAGUAAACACUUCGCGUCUGUUUGUUAUUACUUUUGGUGCUACAUUAACGUUCGUUAUUGGGUACGCGCUUUUCUCUGAGUUGUUUGCACAAAAUAGCCCGACAGUGAUUUACAAUGAGGCUUGUAAACUUAUCGAGAAGAGCGACAAAGUGCAUGCACACUUGCUAGAACCAUACCGGUUCCAGACAUCGCUGACAGAUUUUCGCAGCGACUACUCGCCAUUGAACCCACCUUCCCAUCCACAUCGCCCAUCGCAGACCGUGCAUUCGACUCGGUAUAUGGAUCCUCGUACAGGACAUGAAAUGAUGGUUUUGCAUUUCUUUGUUCAGUCCCGUGACAAGGAUGAACCAUUGGGAUAUUGGCAGUACGCACGCUCUUCCAUCAUCACAGGGGGUCGUUGGCUCAAGAUGAAGGCUAUUGAAGGCGGCAUGUUCGUGUAUGAGUGGUGGAAAGAACAAACGAGUCAAGAGCCAAUCAUCCGGAGACCUGAGGCUGCUCCAUUAGAACCGACUCCUCCCGCUCCUGCUGAGCCAUGGUGGAUCACUAGAAAGCUUCGCAGUUUUGUGCACGGCGUCGGCACGCUCGUUGGACAAACGAGUGAUGCGGUUGGAAUGUCAUCCUUGGACUUUGCUGGUACGAAGCCUGUGCCUGGCACAUGGACGGAUGGAGAGGUGCAUAUUGAGCUUGUGAAGGACGAUAAUGGCGUCUUCCAAUACAAACAUUUCUCCAUUGAUAUUCCCAGCUCGCACUCACCUUUGCGCCGCCGUGUGUACUUAGACCGCCGACAUGGUGACUUGCCCGCGAGGUAG